UGUCUCACUGAAGAGGCGCCAACGCACCGCACCGCACAGGGCUGAGGAGACACACAGCCCUUCGCACAGAAAUCCACGCAGCGGUGCAGAGCCGAAGAGACCAUGAAUACCAGCAGCAGACCAAGGAGGAAAGACUCCCCUGCAAACGCCUGAGCGCGAAGAAGAAGGAUGGCGGGGGGCCGGAGGGGACUAGUGGCCCCUCAGAAUACUUUUUUGGAGAAUAUUGUCAGACGGUCGAACGUUUGGACACUGUCACAUAGACAGACAGAUACCAACUUUGUCCUGGGAAACGCUCAGAUAGUGGACUGGCCCAUUGUCUACAGCAAUGACGGUUUCUGCAAGUUGUCGGGGUACCACAGAGCUGAGGUGAUGCAGAAAAGCAGCACCUGCAGCUUCAUGUACGGGGAGCUCACGGACAAGGACACGACGGAAAAAGUGCGGUUUACGUUUGAGAAUUAUGAGAUGAACUCCUUUGAAAUCCUUAUGUACAAGAAAAACAGGACUCCAGUUUGGUUUUUCGUGAAGAUCGCUCCUAUAAGAAAUGAACAAGAGAAAGUGGUCCUGUUUCUCUGCACCUUCAGUGACAUCACAGCCUUUAAACAGCCCAUUGAAGACGAUUCUUCCAAAGGUUGGGGAAAGUUUGCCCGACUGACUCGAGCUCUAACAAGCAGCAGAGGAGUCUUACAGCAGCUGCAGCCCACAGUGCACAAAGGGGAGAACGUUACCAAGCACUCUCGUUUAGCUGAGGUUCUGCAGCUGGGCUCAGAUAUCCUACCUCAGUAUAAGCAGGAGACCCCCAAAACUCCUCCUCACAUCAUCCUGCACUACUGCCUCUUCAAAACAACAUGGGACUGGGUCAUCCUCAUCCUCACCUUCUACACAGCCAUCAUGGUACCCUACAACGUCUCCUUCAAGACCAAGCAGAACAACGUGACGUGGCUGGUGGUGGACAGCAUCGUGGACGUCAUCUUCUUGGUGGAUAUUGUUUUAAACUUUCACACCACGUUUGUAGGACCCGCCGGCGAGGUCAUCUCGGACCCCAAGCUGAUACGGAUGAACUACCUGAAGACCUGGUUUGUUAUCGACCUGCUGUCCUGCCUGCCGUAUGACGUCAUCAACGCCUUUGAGAACGUCGAUGAGAAUUGGAAUCACCGAGCUGUCACCCAAGGGAUCAGCAGUCUCUUCAGCUCUUUGAAGGUGGUGCGGCUUCUCCGUCUGGGUCGGGUUGCUCGUAAACUGGAUCACUACAUUGAGUAUGGGGCGGCUGUACUGGUCCUGCUGGUGUGUGUUUUUGGCCUGGCUGCUCACUGGCUGGCCUGCAUUUGGUACAGCAUUGGUGAUUACGAGGUUAUCGAUGAAGAAACCAACAUAGUUCGCAUGGACAGCUGGCUCUAUAUCCUAGCUGAGACCGUAGGCACACCGUACCGCUUCAACGCAAGCGGCUCAGGGAAGUGGGAGGGAGGACCAAACAAGCACUCUGUCUACAUCACUUCCUUGUACUUCACCAUGACCAGCCUGACAAGCAUAGGCUUUGGUAACAUCGCCCCGACGACAGACGGAGAGAAAAUCUUUGCUGUGGCCAUGAUGAUGAUUGGAUCCCUUCUUUACGCCACCAUCUUUGGUAAUGUGACAACAAUCUUCCAGCAGAUGUACGCCAACACCAAUCGUUACCAUGAGAUGCUAAACAGCGUGCGGGACUUCCUCAAGCUUUACCAGGUGCCAAAGGGCUUGAGCGAGAGAGUUAUGGACUACAUUGCCUCCACCUGGUCCAUGUCACGGGGUAUUGACACUGAAAAGGUGUUGCAGAUUUGUCCCAAGGACAUGAGAGCCGAUAUCUGUGUCCACCUCAACAGGAAGGUUUUUAAAGAGCACCCAGCUUUCCGUCUGGCCAGCGAUGGCUGCCUCAGAGCGCUGGCCAUGGAGUUUCAGACCAUCCACUGUGCCCCCGGAGACCUGAUCUACCACGCUGGUGAAAGCGUGGACAGCCUCUGUUUCGUGGUGUCCGGGUCACUUGAGGUCAUUCAGGACGACGAGGUGGUAGCAAUAUUAGGUAAAGGGGAUGUGUUUGGGGAUGUUUUCUGGAAGGAGGUGACUCUGGCUCAAGCCUGUGCCAACGUCCGAGCUCUGACCUACUGUGACCUCCACGUCAUUAAACGGGAUGCUCUGCAGAAGGUGCUCGAGUUUUACACAGCGUUUUCCAACCACUUCUCAAGAAAUCUGUUGCUCACCUACAAUCUACGAAAAAGGAUUGUAUUCCGAAAGAUCAGCGAUGUGAAACGAGAGGAGGAGGAGCGUCAGAGACGUAAAAAUGAAGCCCCUCUGAACUUGCCACCGGAUCACCCAGUACGGAAACUCUUCCAGCGCUUUCGGCAGCAAAAGGAGGCUCGACUGGUUACGGACAAACCAGAACUUGACGAACACGACAUUGAGAAGGGCCCCUUGUACGUGGACGUCCCUUUGGCUAACGCAGCCAUUACAACCACCAGCAUCGUCACUGUAACGGAAAGCCCUGCAACCCCCUCAUCUUCAACACCCUCAUCUUCAACAUCCCCCAACGGUACUCCCUCAGAGAAGUCAAAGCUGCAGGUGCCAGUACCUAUUUCUCUGGUUGGAGGCCGUGCUGCUGAACCACUCAAAGUCAAAGGCUGGGGUCGCUUCAAGGAGUCCAUGGUCAAAACUGACAACUGGAACAAAGUAUCCAAAGCUGAAUCCAUGGAGACUUUACCUGAACGGACCAAGGUCCUUGAAUCACAGAUAUCUUUAAAGAAGACAGACUCUUGUGACAGCGGGAUCACCAAAAGUGAUCUGCGCCUGGACAAAGUAGGCGACUGUCGCUUGACGCCCCUGGACCGCAGCCCCGUCCAGCCUCCAGACACCAGGCACCCCUUCUACCCAAUCCCAGAGCAAACUCUUCAGGCCUCGCUUCAGGAGCUCAAACUGGAGCUGAAGGACGACCUCAAGAAUCUGAAUGUUCGCGUGUCUGGCCUGGAGGCGCAACUUACAGAAGCACUUAACCUACUGAAAACGAGGAAAUCAAGUUCUGGCUCUCCACAGCCUCUUUUUGAUGUGUCUAGACCUGCUUCACCAGAACUAGAGAAAGAGGACAUCUUCUCUUGAAGGAUAAAGGAAUAAUCGGGAACGGUCUACUGCAAACUUAGCUGGAAUCCAGUAAUAUCAAGAUUACUUGGAUAGCUGAAGCUGCACCAUUUACAAAAGGUGAUAGUGUUGUCUUUAGGUAGCACCAACCUUCAUCAAAGGUUUGUACCUGAUGGUAAACCUGGAAAGGCCAGGUUGCUGUCCAGCUCUUGGUGUCUGACUCUGAAUAAAAACUGACAAUGCAAGGUUUGUACAUAGGUUAUGUUUGUACAUGUUUUUCCAUUGUAUUGUAAUGGAAAAAUAGCUUGAGCAGUUUGUCUUUAGUCCAAAAUCUUUUUAUAACAUCAGAUUCUAGGAGUUUCAGCUAAACCAUGCUGAAUCUGUGUUGCAAGGUUCUAACAGAAACAGCAUGACCCACUGGUUUGUUAUUGAAUCAUUUGUAUGGGAUUCUUUGCAUGCCACAUAAAGUACACGUAUUCCUCAUAUUGCAGACAGUGCGUGUUGAUUAUCGCAGCCAGGCAGCAAGUCAUUUGCAUUAUUUCACAGUGACAGUAAGAAAGGACGGUCUUUGCAGAUGUUGAAACAUUCGCAGAGUAAUUUCCUCAAGCAAUUGAUGAAGUAUUUUAUUAUAUCAACUGUCAGGAUCAUGAUGAACUUUACACAAGAUAAAACUGGCCAAGCAAUCAGAUUUCAAUCAUAAUCUAAUACAUCUUUCAGCAGAGCUGAUAAUUUCCAUAAACCACGGACAGAUGAGUUUGAUGACACUGUAUGAGAGCCAAGCAAUUUAAGCUUUGGUUAAAAAAUAGGAAGAUUAUAAUUUUUUUCAUAUGAAUUUAUUUAUGUUAAAUAAAACAAAAUAAAGUCCAGGCUUGUUUGUGUUAUUGUUCCAAGACAUUAACUGAAACCUAUGUAAGUGAUGAUUUCUGGUCUUUAAUGUCUGCUGAGGUAAUUUUUACAUUUGUUACAUCAGUAAGCAUGCACGAUUCAGUAAGCAUGUCAGUCCGCCAGAGUAAAAAAACAAUCAUCAAAUGACAAUGCCUGACACAAUGUAUCUACAAAAUAGGGGGCAAAGAUCAAACUCUUAGUGUAAAGAUGAAGGUUGUUUUGUCAUACAAGAUGAUUCUGAGGGUUUCCAGUGCUGGUGAUCCUUUUCAGGACUGUGAUUGCCUUGUUUUGUGGCUGACAUUUGGAGUCAAUUUCAACUUGCUUGCAGUGAAAAUGUUUCCUCUAUAUGCACUUUCGAAAUGGGAGACAACCAAGCAGGAAACCAAAAUGUUUAAAUCAUGAGUCAUUUUUUGACGGAAUAGCAAACGUGUUGAAGAAAUAGUUUACAAAGCAGUUUACACAAAAAUGUAUGAUAGAAAAAUAUUUUUUGAAAAUGUGUUUGUUUUUUUAAGAAAUGUUCAGUUACCAAAUGUACUCUCACAGAUCAACUCUAGCACAUUAGCUUCCUAAAUUAGAUUGUUUACCAAAAAUGAAUCUGUGUAAAAUGAAUGUAUCAGUGUAGUGUUAUGGAAAGCAAUGAGCAGAUAUCAGUAGACGGGUCCGGAGGAUCAGGGGGCAGAGUAAGAGAGCAGCUCAAGCUUUUUGUCUGAACAAAACUCUAAAACUGGUUUAUAAAACGUUUAAUUUACAGACAAAGACGCCUCCAACUUCCAGUUAAUCAGAACCAUGAGUUUUGAUAAUUAGCAAUAAUUGUUUAUAUUUUAUAGAUCACAGAAUUCAUGCAGAUUCCAGGUAUUGAAGACAACAGUAGAUGUUUGCAGUCUAUAGUAAUUCUUCAUCAUAUUUAUGAUGAAUAAUAAUAUGUACCUACCAAUUGAUUGAAAUGAUGGGUAAAACAUUUUAAUAUGUUUUGCUUCCAGCUUCAGAAAUGGGAGUCUUCGCUGUUUUCCUUUUUAAUAAUUCACUCACUUACAAAUAUUCUUCAGCUACUUUGAGGUUUUGACAGUUGGUUGGAAAAAGAACAAGCAUUGUGAAGAUGUCCUUAAUUGUGACGCUAUUUGUCACAAACCCAAGUUUUGUUUUGUUUUUCUUUUACAAAUAAACAAUUUAAGAAAAAAAACACAUGAUGGUUUUAUGCAUAUUUUCAGAUUUAAAAAUGAUCAGUCAUCUACUAUCCAAGUGAAAGUUCGGACAUUGUUUCAAAUGACAAUAAAAGCAGCAGUGACUAUUUGCAGGGGAUCGAUUGAAAAUAGCACAAAGAGAAAAUACCAAAUGUCCCAACUGAGAAAUGUCCUUG